CACACACACACACACACACAGCAUUAAAUGUUUAGAUGAUUAGUGCAUCUGUCAGGUUGUGCAGUAGAUGUGCGAUUUGACCUUAGAAACACCUGGAGUUUUACCAGUAAAUCUUUUGACUCUAUAACGGUAUAACUAGUGGGCAGGUUUGUUGCUUUGUGCCUCUUUGCAGGUAAAACAUUUUAAAAAAUUUAGCUUUAACAAUACAGUUAUGAUUUCCAACUGUUUCACCUUAUUUGAAGUGGGAUUUAAAGAUUACACCAAAAUAAACAGAAGUGAUUAUAUAACUUCAUUGCAGACCAUUCAGAUGCACCCACAUGUGCACACACACCCACACACACACACACAUUCGGAUAUAUGACAUUUGUAAUAUAAAUGAGGAAGUGUAUCUGUGCCUCCCAGACAACAGUACAUGAGCGCAUGAUUAUCUCCUUAUUGCCUUACUCGGACAACGUGUGAUAAUUGUGAGACUGUUUGAAAGUAACAUUUAAUGUUUAUUGACAUGUUAAUGCAAGAACAUUUCUCAGCUGUGUAAAAACCGGUAUUCACUGGUAUUUAUUUGAUCUAAAUCACCUGUGGGUCUGAUGCAAAUGUUCUCUCAUGUAAUUCCUCUUACAGCAAUGUCAAUAAAGAAAGCAUCCAAACCGAACCUGAGAGACUCCCAGGUGACAGAAUUAACUGCACGUCUUUUUGGGCUAACUGUAUCUACCAUACAUCCUCUGCCCAGUUACGAUGAUCAGAACUUCCAUGUGGUGUGUGUGGAUGCUGGUGACUUUGUGUUGAAGGUCAUGAACUCUACAGAUAGUGAGAACAUGAAACUACUUGAGGUGCAGACACACAGCAUGAACUUCUUGCAGCAGAAUGGACUUCCUGCACAGAAGGCUCUUUGCACUGUUACAGGGAAAAUGAUGAGUCUGGAAGAGAUAGAUUGUGGAUAUGGCCUUCAGAAAUAUCUGGUGCGUUUGCUGACAUACCUGCCUGGAACUCCAAUUGCCAAAAUCACCAGUACGCCACAGCUACUAUAUGAAACGGGAAAAAUGGGUGCCAUGCUGGACAUGAUUUUACUGUCGAUGGAGCAUGAGAACCUCGGUGCUCUUCAGAGGGAGAACUUCAUCUGGAGUUUGUCCUGUUUUCCUCUGAUAGAUGAUUAUCUCCAUGUGAUGGAUGGAGAUCCAAUGCAGCUAAUCAUUAGAGGAGUUAUUGAUCAGUACCGAAACCAAGUGGUACCGAAACUCCCCUCCUUCCGCAAGUGUAUAAAUCAUGGAGAUUUGAAUGAUCACAACAUCCUUGUGAAGCAGGACGGUCCAUCGUGCUACAGGAUCAGCGGCAUUCUGGACUUUGGUCAUAUGAGCAGCGGUUAUUUUGUUUUUGACCUGGCGAUCACAAUAAUGUACAUGAUGAUCGAGAGCCGGAAUCCGCUGGAGGUUGUGGGUCCAGUCAUCGCUGGGUUUGAGAGCAUUUUUCCUCUGAACUCUGAUGAAAGAGAUGCUUUGUAUACUCUGGUGCUGAGUCGGUUUUCUCAGUCGCUGGUUUAUGCACGUUCUGCGGUUCUCCAGCAACCAGAAAACGAAGACUAUCUGAUGAUCACAGCAAAAAAUGGACAUAGACUCCUCCAGCUUCUGUGGGAAAAAGGGAAAGAGGAAGUGGAGAAAGUAUGGUUUAAAGGUGCUGCUAAUAUCUCAAAUUAAAUGCUAAUUCUUACCCCAAUCCCUAAAAAGCUAAACAAUCACUUCUAAGCACAGCAUUAAUUAACUGCAAAUGCUAACAUUACACUAAUGCUAAACCUCAUUUACUGCUAGCCAUAAAAUAUAAUGCUAACCAUGACCAUUUACACUAAUAUUAAUAAUUUUAUAGAUUCUUGCUUAAUUUUGCAAGACAGAUUUAAUUAACAUUGAUAAAGAUGAAUCCAGGGCUGUCAAGUGUCACGCAUUGAGAGUGACAGACACGCAUUUGGGUCUAUUGUCAUGCUCUCCUGCCACACAUCGUAUUUCUCACGCAGAAAAAACUUUUUGACUAUUUAUCAUAUAUUUAAUAAGCUGCAGUGCCCAAAAUGUAUCAGUCCGCACCGCUGUCUCUAUGGAACCGGACAUUAAUCAAGCACAUCUCAGUUCUUAGUUGAGCCUGACACUUAUCAGCCAAUCAAAUAAAAGAGGCUACACAAUAGCCAAUCAGAAAACAGCACUAUCUGGGUAAGAUUUAACACAACAACAAAUAAAAAAAAAAAACAUGCAUUAGAGAGGGUAUUUUCGAUGGUCGGUUUGAACAAAACCUCAACACAAAACAGCUGUCUCUGGACGUUACAUUGUCCUCAAACAUGACCCUAAAAAUGUCUGGGCUUGAGCCGAACUGUUUUAAAUGGGAGCAACAUUACAAAUGAUAAAGGAGUCCAAAAAGGCAACAAACAC